GCUGGCAUCAAAGCCAGGAUGAGUUUACUUGACUGGAGCAAGAACUGGAAAUAUGAUUAACUGCAGUGGAAAAACACAUGACAUGCCACGAGAGGGCAUCAUCGCCGGGUGAGGCCGCGCUGUGGGCGGAGCUAUCGAGUUCAGGCGGGAAAAACAAAUACGUGAUGACGCAACACGUUGAAUGAGUUGUGUUUCUGCGAUGGCUCCCAUCAAAAUAAAACAUAUCGUCUCGUUUACAUCACAGGAUAGUAAGAAUGGUGUGAAUAAUCUGUGUGAAGACAGUAACAGCAGCAGACCGUGGUUGUGCAGCGUCCAGGACCGCAGUGGAGUCCUCAGGGUGGAAUUACAGAUGGAGCGAGUAUCUGCUGUAGGAUUCAUUGAUGUUGGCAACUGUGGCUCUGCGUUCAUUCAGGUUGAUGUCGGCCGCUCCUCCUGGUCAUUAGACCAUCCUUAUGUCACCCUGCUGCCCACUGCAACACUCAUGAGUCCAGCGGACUCGAAACAGGGCAUUGGCCGUCAAAAUGUGCGCAUGUUUAAAAAAGUUGAUUUUCUCCCUCAGGCUGCUGAGGAGAGCUGGGACAGACUGCGAGUCACCUGCACUCAGCCUUUCAACAAAUGGUCACAGUUUGGUCUGUCCUUUCUGCGCAUCCGCACCAUGGAAGACCAGGCCGAAGAUUCCUCAGUGCAACAUGAAGAUAUUGCUGUUGAAAAUCUGUGCACACCAGAAAAGAUGACAUCCGUGAUGGAGUGGCUUUCCAGUCCAGCUAUCCAAAACACAUUUUUUGGGCGAAUAACAGGGGAUGUCUCCUCAGAUCGCCAAAGGAAUGCUGGGAGUUUGAGUCGGGCAGAGCGCAUGGUCAAAGCCGCCCAUUCUAACAGACGCUCCUUGUCAACAUCCCCCUGCAGUACUACAUCCAGCACAACACCUCCGAGAGAAGAUAAGUUGAAAACCCCACCAGGUGGAUUGAGCACUUCCAGUGACCAAAUAAACACCCCUCAAGAGCAAAGGAAGAAGUCAAAGGCACGGCAGAGCCUUAUAAACAGUGGCGCUCCUCGAAAGAGAUCCAGACCUACAGAAUCCACCCAUAAACCCAGCACAACGAGCCCACACAGAAGUGCCCACCAGGCUCCACAGGGCUCUCCUGAGACGAGAUGUCCUCUUUGCGGAGAAUCCUUCAGUCCUGAUUAUCUGGCUUUCCAUGCUUCCACCUGCCUGGAUUCUGAUUCAGCGGAGCUCAUGGGAGUCAGGGAAACAGAGGUCAUGAGCUCACAGUACUCUUCUGGCGCAGAUGAGCAUAUGGUUUCAUGUCCUCUUUGCUCCUUCCGAUUCCCCCCAGACCGUAUCCAGCAGCACGCCAGCACCUGUGGCGACACGGUAGACCCAGGUACUGUGUGGCUGAACUGAGAGAAGAGCACUGUGGUCUCAGAAACCUUCUCAGAAUAGCAACAUACAAAUAGAAAUCAGGUAUUCUCUUGGUUUGAAAGGCCUUGUCCAUUCAAACGGCUUAUGAAUUUUGGAGAAUACAGAUGCCUCCCUAAAAAGACUGUUUUUAGAGACAUUAUGACAUUUUUGACUGGCUGUAAAUAUGUUUGUCGUCUUAUCUGCUUUUCACUCUCUUUGUGAUAUCAAUUAGAAUGUUAAAUUAAACCAUUGUUUGUAAUUGAUUACAACAUAUUGUCAUAAAUAUAAAAUAUAUUGUUUAGAAAGUUCAGAUUUGUUAUAUGUCUCACUUGUUCAAGAACACAAAUAAAUACAUUUAUUUGGUUUAAAAGUGAAUAUAUAUAUAUACAAUGCUGUUUAAAAGUUUUUAAUAGGUCAGAUGUUUUAUUGUUUUUUAAGAAGCUUCUUUUCAUCAUAGCUGCAUUUAUUUGAUCAAAACUACAGUAAAAACAGUAAUACUUUGAAAUAUUAUUAACAUUUAAACUAUUGGAAUAUAUUAUAAAAUGUGGUUUAUUCCUGUGAUAGCAAAGCUGAAUUUUCAUCAGCAAUUUCUUCAGUUUUGAAUCCUUCAGAAAUCAUUCUAAUAUGCUGAUUUGGCGCUCAAAAACAUUAUUAUUAUUAUCAAUGUUGAAAAUGGAUGAGCUGCUUAUUAUUAUUGUGGAAACUGAUACAAUUUUUCAGAAUUCUUUGAUGAAUAGAACGUUCAAAUGAACACCAUUUAUUUGAAAUCGAAAUCUUUUGUAACAAAUGUUUUUACUGUAACUUUUGAUCAAUUUAAUGUGUCCUUUCUGAAUGAAAGUAUUCAUUUCUUUAUAAUAUUUCCUUCCUGAUCACAAGCUUUUUAACUGUAGUGUAUGUGUCAGAAAAAACUCAUUAAAUAUUUUCCUUUUUAAAUAAAACAAA